AUGGUCUCAAAGGAUAGUAUGUUUAUUGGCUGGUUUAAGGCUAACAAAGAUUUUGAUCUGGCCCGGAUAUUGCAGGAUGAUGGGGAAUUUAUCAAUGUACUUAAUGAAGCCAGUGUGUGGGCAUCACCGAAUUAUAUCAGGAGGUUGUUUGCAAUGCUUUUGAUGUUAAACAACAUUGUGCGCCCUGACAUGGUGUGGGAGCAAUGUUUCCACUGUUCCGUUCAUGAGAUUAAGUCCAUCACGCUUGCCAAAAUUGAAAAACUUUUGCAGCCGAAUGGUAGGAGCCUAAAAGAAAUUACUGACAUGUUAUUUUUUGAUUCUGUUGAUUCAACUGAACCUUCCGACACAGUCUUUUUUUAUGAGCUCAAUUUCGACAGGACAGAGUUGGCAAGUAUUCCCGUUGAUUUGGUUUCCCAGUUGAAUCGAGACCAGCGCAUUGCGUUCGACACAAUAGCGAAUGCAAUUAGUCGUGGCGCUGGUGGUUUUUUCUUUGUCUGUGGAUACGGUGGAACUGGUAAAACUUUUCUAUGGAAUGCAUUGUCUGCUUCAAUAAAGUCGAAGGGUGAUAUUGUUCUCAACGUGGCAUCCAGUGGCACUGUAGCGCUGUUGUUGCCUAAUGGGCGAACUGCUCAUUCAUGCUUUAAGGUUCCACUCAGUGUUAACCAGGACUCUAUUUGUAAUAUAAGGCAAGGCACACCCCUUGCGCGUCUUAUUUUAUCUGCAAAAUUAAUUAUAUGGGAUGAGGCACAUAUGUUAAAUAAAUUUUGCUUCGAAGCACUCGACAAGUGCCUUAAGGAUGUUCUUCGUUUUGAUUGUGGAUAUAAUCCUGAUGCUCCAUUUGGUGGAAAAAUUGUUGUUCUAUGA